UUGCGUCCCCCUCGCGCAGCUUCGCGCAGGCUGCUGGCCGUUAGCGCUGGAGGACGUCAUCUGAUUAGACCAUGUAGCCUCGUUAGCUCCAGUACCACUUUAGCUUCCAAAUCUCUUAACGGUCGCCUUUUCUUUUCUUUUCUCCUCACAACCGGCACUGCGCACAGGUGUCGUUUGGCGUUAAAUAUGUCCGAAAAACCUUAUCACAGGACAUGUAAUUGGUUUAGGGAUCUGUUCGAAGCGACCGCGUGAAAUUAGCCGCAUUAGCUAGCCCUCCUGUUACGUCGAGCUAACCGACAGCUAGCCCCGCAGUGCUAAGCGGGUCUAAGCAACCGUGUGUUUGUGUGUUUCCAUCCCCGCCGCUGCAAAUUACAGUUCCGAAGUCAUCGUCUGCUUGGUACGUGGAGUAAUUACACCCUAAAAUAAGCCGGCGGUGAAAGUCAUGGGGGCGUUCUUAGACAAGCCCAAGACUGAGAAGCACAAUGCGCACGGCGAAGGCAACGGCCUGCGCUAUGGCUUGAGCAGUAUGCAAGGAUGGCGUGUGGAAAUGGAGGAUGCACAUACGGCCACUGUGGGUUUACCGCACGGCCUUGACGACUGGUCUUUUUUUGCUGUGUACGAUGGGCAUGCAGGCUCGCGUGUGGCCAACUAUUGCUCCAUGCAUCUGCUAGAGCACAUCGUGGCAGCGGCACCAGCCGGGGAAUUAGGCCGCAGUGUAGAGGCGGUGAAGAGCGGCGUGCGCGCCGGGUUCCUGCGCAUCGACGAGCACAUGCGUGGCUUUGCCGACGCGCGCAACGGCAUGGAUCGGAGCGGCUCCACCGCUGUGGCUGUGCUGCUGUCACCUGAGCAUAUGUACUUCAUCAACUGCGGUGACUCACGCGCACUGCUUUGUCGUGACGCGCGCGUCCGCUUCUCCACACUUGACCAUAAGCCAUGCGAUCCACGGGAGAAGGAGCGCAUCCAGAACGCCGGUGGCUCCGUCAUGAUCCAGCGUGUGAAUGGCUCUCUGGCCGUGUCGCGCGCUCUGGGCGACUAUGACUACAAGUGUGUGGAGGGAAAGGGCCCCACCGAGCAGCUGGUUUCCCCCGAGCCAGAGGUAUUUGAGAUUCCCCGUGUACCAGAUGAGGACGAGUUUGUGGUGCUGGCCUGUGAUGGUAUAUGGGACGUGAUGAGUAACGAGGAGCUGUGUGCCUUUGUGCAUGCCAGACUGGAGGUGUCUGAUGACUUGGAAAAAGUGUGCAAUGAGGUGGUGGACACAUGCCUGCACAAGGGAAGUCGAGAUAAUAUGAGUGUUGUGUUAGUGUGUUUGCCAAAUGCACCCAAAGUAUCAGAAGAAGCAGUGAAGAGAGACACUGAGUUGGAUAAAUUCCUUGAAUCUCGUGUGGAAGAACUCAUCGAGAAAGCAGAGGAAGAGAGAAUUCCUGAGCUUGUACAUAUCAUGAGAAACCUUGCCACAGAGAAUAUCCCCAACCUUCCACCAGGGGGAGGCCUUGCCAGCAAGCACAGUGUUAUUGAGGCUGUGUAUAACCGGCUCAACCCCCAAAGAGAAGACGAUGGGAAUGUUGCAGACCUGGAAGACCCCUGGUAGCUGGCCACCUGGAGGGCCUAUGGCCUUAAAAGAUCUCUGUUGACGAGACCCCCUUCAUACUUGUGUUCCCCCCUUUUUUAAAGAUAAAAUAUAUAGAUUGAUUUAAGUCAUCAGUAAUAAUUUCAAGUACAAUGGCAAACAGCCCAAAAGGAUUAUAAACUCCUUUAUUUUUAUUUUUUUUUGUGUGUGCAGAAAAACGAGGGAAUGGAUGACUUUUAGCUUUAGACAGUACACAUCAAACCAGUAAAGACCGUUUUUGUGCUUAUUUUUUUCCCCCCUCUGUGGUUGUCUGUGUUCUUGUUGAAACUUGGCUAUGGAGCAGUGCACUCCCAAAGCGUUGUGGUGCCUUUUUCUCAGCGGCUAUGGAUGGGGGACUUGGGCUAGUGGCUGUUUCAUAGCCUUAACAUCUACCCCACCACCACCCUUCCUAACCCACCCCCUCCCAAGCACAAUAGAGCAGCCAGGCAACUUGAGACCACUGCUACCCUCUGGACAAAGGGGGUAUGGACCAUCACUGGCUUAAAUCAGGUUUUCUUGACUGACUGUUGCAUGUGGGACGUGUCUGGAGGACUUGCUAUGUUACUACAUAACCUGUGUGGAAAAGUUUGAAGCUUGACAGCUUUUUUUUUUUUUAUUUCUUCACCUUUUACACCCUACUGCCCUUCCCAACAUGUGCUCUGAUAGAUGCUGAAGGAGAGACUGCAUCAAUAUUGCUUAAUUCUGCAGUUGAUCAAUUAUUUGGUUGUUAAAAGCUUUUAAUCCUGUUGUUUCAGAGAAUAUAGAUUAUAUAUAAAUAUAAAUCAUUAUAUGUGUGUAUAUAUAUAUAUAUAUAUAUAUAUAUAUAUAUAUAUAUAUAUAUAUAUAUAUAUAUAUAUAUAAAAUGAUUUAUAUAUUCAUAUAUUUUUUUCCUCCUUGAGUACAGUGUCAUUUAUGGCUUACUUUUUCAGAAGCAAUAGACGUGACAAAGGUUUUCCUGAGUUGUUCUGCGUGAAAUCACUAGAGUUUAAUGUCACUGAUCACACCUUAGAGCCACUGUUUGUUUUUGUUUGGCGGUGGUUGUUGUUUUUUUUUAAUAGCAUGAUUGCAAUGUGACAACAUUGUAAAGAAAUUUCGGCUGUUUUAUAUUCACACCACAUUAACUCUUCAGCUCUCAAUGAUUGAAUUGCUGAUCUCGAUCUUACCAGAUAAAUUGUCUGUAAACACAUCAGAGGGUAAAUGAUGAGUUGCCAGAUGAUUCGCAGCAUAGGAUGAAAACUGACCAUACAAAUAAUAGCCAUCUCUCUUUCCUGUAUAAACAAGUGUGUGUGUGUGUGUGUGUUUGGUAAAGAACUGUGUUUGAAAUAUUUCAAUGGAAUUCAAUUUAACACCCUCUGUAACUGCAGACAUUUUAUGUUCAGGAUUGAUAUUUUAAUUUAGUUCAAUUUUGUUUAAAAAAAUAAAAAGAAAAGAAAAAAAGAAAAAUAAACUAACUUUUGUGCCAGUAUGGAAUUAUACUAUUGCUGAGAGUUUAAAGAUUACUAUCAGCACAAAAGAACAGUUUGUUGGAUUUAUUUUUGCGCUUAUAACAUGUACAUGAUUUGUCAACAUUUUCACAGCCGGCUACUAUACCGAGUGGUUAGAAACCUUUCAAGUGAUUUGACAUGGAAUGACCUGUGUGUGUGUACGUGGGCCGGCAUCUGACGAAGGAAUUGUGAAUUAUAGUAAACAACCUGAGAUUGUGCAAGUUAUGUGCUUAUGUAACAUGACUCUCUAAGAACAGUAGGCUAAAAGGAAUUCUUGGUGCCCAGUGAAGCCUCACUACUUCUCUGCUCCAAUCUUCUCUGUAUCCUAUCUCUGCCUUCCCCCAACCCCUCUGCCUCAGUUCUGACUUUUUCAAUGCACAACAAAACUCUUGAAUCAGCCUGCCCCUCCCUCCUCCUCAGCGUGUAUUGUAAAAUGAAAUUUGUUUGGUUGGUUGGUUGGUUAGCAGAACACGAAUACAAGCUUUAUGAUGAAUUUGCGUAUUAUUUUUAGAUUUGGCGUACAAAGUGUAAGGCUCGUUUUGCUCUAAUGCAUUUUCAAGAGUCACCGAUGACUUGCAGUCUUGACUAAUGGUGAACUCGAGCAGAACAAUAAAGAUCAAGUAAAAGCUGUUUCUUA